AUCGGAAGAAAACUUGUAAUACGUGAAAAAAUACAUACAAGAAGUGACAAACUGAAAUUAAGUAGUAUAGCAACCAAAUUAGUGCGAAAGAGUGUACAAUUAACAGGCUGUGAAAGUAAAUAUCAAUACAAAUCGGUUGGCCAGCACAAAUGUCAACAAAGCAGAAAGCACAACAAAACAACAAGACAAUUUGAAAUUUAACGUUCCUUUGACGUCGCCUUGCGUUCAAUUAACUGAGACUGACAAUUGGAGCAGUAAAGCACGCCCCCUAAGGCGACGACUCAACGCCUCCAAAACAUGGGCAAAAGAAUUGCAGCGGAACGCCAUCAACUGACGCCUCCACAAACAGAAACCAAAACGCAACACACUGAUCGCAGCAUCAGAAAACGCAGACGUUCUGCUGUCAAAGGUGGAAAGGUGGAAAAAUACCAGCGCCUAAGCAACAGCUUAAAUGAUUGGCAAGAAAGCGAGGAUGAGGAUGACGACGACUCAAGCUCAUCAUCGCGCUCAGCCGACGCUGAGGAGACGACGCUGCUAGAAACACCACAACCGAAACUGCAUCCGCGUGCAUCUCUGCUCUCUUUAGCCGCCUACACCAGCGGCAAUUACAGUUACGAUUUUAAUAAUUCCAAUGCGACCGAGUCGCCGCGUCCAGUUUACACAUUGUGCCCAUCUGUUGUCAAUGGCACCAUACUGAGAGAUGUGCUCUCAAAGGCUUGGCGCCUAGGCAAACCAAUAGGCAAGGGCAACUUUGGUGAAAUAUUUCUUGCCUCCGAUGAUACAGUGAGUGCUGUUAGCGUGGAUACCGCGAAAUAUGUGGUCAAAAUUGAACCGCAUUCCAAUGGCCCACUCUUUGUAGAAGUACAUUGCCUCAUUAAUGCAAAUAACAAUAAGGGCGAGCAGCUAGAAAGUGUAGAGCACAAGCAGUGUGAUGAACUACUAAGCAACAAGCCACCCACAGGCAUACCCAGCUAUAUAGCAUCUGGCACACAUUACUUUAACGAUGGACGUUACAGAUUUCUAGUACUGCCACGUUACGAUCGUGAUUUGCAUUCGAUAAUCAAAAACUCACGUGUGGAUCAAAAAUCGCUGCUAGUACUGGCUAUACGCAUUCUCAAUGUGCUGGAGCAUUUGCACGACAAGGGCUAUUGUCAUAACGAUAUCAAAGCGCAGAACCUAAUGAUAUCCAAGUGUAAAUAUCUGAAGCGCCAGACAGUACAAACCCGUAAAAGCUAUGACGACAACUAUGACGAGAAACAACAGACAACAGACAGUGGCAAUAGUUCCGAGCAGGAAACUAAUGACGAUGACUAUUUUAUAAAAAAAGAAAAGUUUUCAAUGCGACGAAUAUCACACACUAAACAUGAAGUGGAACUAGAUGAAGACGAGGACUUUGAUGAUGGUGCUACUACAAAUAGCAACAAUAGCAAUAGCUUGGACGUUUAUCAGACGCCAGUGAAGAAUUCAAAGCGUCGCGCACGUCAAGGCGCCAUUGAAUUUAGCGGAUCGAAUCCUAUGCGCUCAUGUCGACGCAAUGAGAAGGAUAACAGCAAUGCUACCUAUGAUGAAAUGGUCAAGUCACAUUAUUUGCGUCCGGCCAAGCACAUAAGCUACAGUGAGCUGUACAAUGAGGAUGGCUAUCCGGUGCAGAAGGACAGCAAGCGUGAGCAAUCGCCGCUAAGCUCAGAUAAUGACUCGGAGGAGUUUUUGCCACCCAGCAGUCGACGCUCAGGUGCUGCAGCAGCAACGCGGAGUUCACGUGCCUGCCAAAUGAAAGCGACACGUACCACGCGUCGCCAGCAGGCGUUGGUAGCGCAGCAGCAGCAGCUGAAGAGCACGCCUAAGUGCGCCCCUGUAUCAGAGCAUCGAUUGCUGCCUGUGCAAGAGGAACAUAUAUUCUUGAUCGACUUUGGUUUGGCUUCGAAGUACCAGGAUCGGGGCGUGCAUCGUCCAUUCAUAAUGGAUCAGCGACGUGCGCAUGAUGGCACUCUGGAGUUUACCUCCCGCGAUGCGCAUUUGGGCGCACAUUCGCGUCGCAGCGAUCUGGAAUGCUUGGGCUACAAUUUAUUGUACUGGAGCGAGGGAUAUUUACCGUGGCAGGAUGUGGCGCAGCAGCAGCAGCCGGAGAAAGUUCACCGAGCCAAGGAGCUGUUCAUGACGGAUGUAUGCGAAAUGCUGCGCCAGUUCUAUGGCAAACAGGUUCCUAAAUAUUUGGGCGAAUUCCUGCAGCAAAUUGGACAUCUGUCCUAUCAAGAGCGUCCUAACUAUGAGUUCUAUCGCAACAUAUUUAUGCGUGAAUAUCGUCGCUUGGGCUAUGACUGCAGUACGAUGCGUUUGAGCAGCGCCGAUAUACAUCGUCACCGAAUUAGAAAGGAUGAAGUGGAUGGCAGCAGCGGCAAACGCGAUAUAUUUGAGUUGGCGCAUAAUAAGCUGGGCUGCAAUGCGGUUAUGUCGUUAGGCACCCCAUUCCAGGAGGGUGCACUCACAAAUCGCGUUUCACCCAAAAAUCUGCGUUCCAAGUCAAAUAAGAAAAAUGCCAAGAAGAAGAAAUUCUCCUGGGCAGAGGUGCUCUCGCAGGAUCCUGACCAAAUAGCACGCGAGCGUGCGGUGAAGGAGUUUGAGCGCGAGGAGUUUAAUUGUCCGCUGCAAACACGCCCGCCACGACGCUACCAGGGCAGACCAACUUAUGCGAUACUAACAGUGGAGCAAUGCAGGCGAGAUAAGGGGCUAACAGUGCCAGACCACCAGCACAGUGAGGAGGAGCAGCAGCAGCAGCAAAAGAAACGUAACAAUUCAGAGAGGGAUAAGUAUGAAACAGAGUCUGAAUUGGAUUCAGACAGUGAGGUAGAGGAGGUGGUGGAGGAGGAGGAGGAGGAGGUGCAUAAACAGGAACGAGUGGAGGUGAUGUGUGUUGAUCAGCACAGGGGCAGGGGGAGACCACGUAAACAUCCAGUACAACAACCGGCGGCGGCCAAGAGCUUACGCAGUCGGAAGGUGAAACCAAGGAGUAAAUUAAAUGGCGACAGUGAGAACGUAAUGGCUACAGCCUUAACUGCCGUCGUUGGGAGCAAUAAACGUGGCUGCGCCACACGCAAGGAGAACAACGCCACGAUGGCAUCUGCCACUGGUGAAGUGGAGCACAGCAAGCUUAAGUCCAGUCGUGCAGCAUUGCAUAUGCAAGAUGAAGGGGAAGAAAAGGAAGAACAACAGCAAAAACAACAACAAGCCAAGCAGCGGCGCACGCGUCGUUGUUUAUAUAAGACUGAAUCAAAGAUGCGUGGCGAACUGGAUGUCGAGAAUAAUUCUAACUAUGCUAGCAACGUGCAGAAUGUGUACAACAACAUCAGUCGCUUGUGGCAGCAAUAUGAUGAUGAGAACAGCUACGGCAGGCGUACUCUCAACGACGGGUCCAGGCAUUGCCGCAAGUGAUAGAUUCCCUAGCUUCAACAAGAACAAGCAUACUUAUUAAAUACUAGCGCUGCUGCGAAUAAUGAAAGUUAGCAAAACGAGCAAA